AAUACACCAGCCUGUCCAGCCUUCUCAACGACCGAGAGACACUGGAUCUGAUUGGGUCAGAACUAACGGAUUCUGAAGUUCAAGAUGUAGCCUUGGAGUGCACUGCAUUGUUUUCUUUAGCAUGCUGUUUUUGCUCGUAAAUCUGUUCUCAGCUGUUUAGCUAUUUUUGCCGUCAAGGGGCAUGUGACUGUGAGAGUUGCAGCAGGGAAAAGGAGACGAGCUCUUGGUACAUGGACUAAACUGACUGUUCUGUCCUCUACUUUUCCAUUACAGUGGAUGUUUGGAAUUCUUUAGGGGGCUUGUCGUCCCUUAUUUGGACCGUCUACUACGUCAUUUUUAAUGUGUUAUUGGUGCAGUGGUUGUGUGAGAGGUUAUGUAUGGCGCAGACAGUUUUGAAACUGUUCAAAUGGGCUAAACUUCCAUCCAAACAACACUGUCAGUGAGAUGAAUCCUCUUAGGCAACAUUUUAUGAUACUCAUUGAGUGGAUAAGCUUGUGGCUGAAAUAUGGUUUUACAAGAAUUUGGGGAGCUUUUCCCAUAGUCAACAACUGGAUAGCAUCCCCAGCUAUCACAGAUAGAGGAGCAUGGAAAGCAGGCCCAGAGGAGUGGAAAAGCAGUGAGGCACUCCGUACAUAUCACCUUGGAGAUGGAGAUAAAACCAUGGUUACAGUCCAAACUAGCACACAUGCUUUCCACGUGGACCUUGGGAGACUCUCAGAGUUUAGUGAGUACUUCCGAGCAUUGUCCCAAUCUCGAAUGAAAGAGACCUCAGAGAGCCUCAUCCAUCUGGACCAUGUAUCCUCCUCCAUCUUCUACAAUCUCCUUGAGUUCUCCUUCCAUAAUAGGUUUGAAUUCCCUCGGGAAGAGUUGGACACACACAUCCAGGUCAGUAGCUAUCUCCUUGCAGAGGCCUUCCUCUCCAAGUGCCUGUCAGUCCUGGCAGAUGAACUCAGCCCAAAUAACUGUUUGUCUUACCUGAGUCUGGCUCAGGAUAUCUGCUGUGCGGAGCUGAAGAUGACUGUGUUCACUUACCUGAGUAGAAACCUGCUGGAGAUGCCUCACCUCAUUAAGUGUCUGAACAAUGAAGAGAAGGACGAAGUUGUCCACCUGAGGAUACAAGGAGAUCAACGUCUCUGCAGCCUUAGGAAAGAGAACCUGACAUCUUGGAACGACCCAGAAACAGAACGUGCACGACAUAUCUUCACCCUGAAAGGAUCAGAGGACAGUGGAGACUGGUACCCAGAUACAGAGCUUCCUUUCAGGGCUGAUAAGUGGUGUUUCACUACAGUGGUCCUGUAUAACUACCUGUACAUUAUAGGAGGUUACCGGCAGCGUGUGAAAAAAGGCUGGGAGUUCAAGAUGGCUUCCUUUAGGUUUAAUCCCUUUACUCAUACAUGGGUCACCACGAUACCUCUGAUUAAGCACAGAAGGCACUUUAGUGCAGUGGCCUGUGAAGGCUGUAUUUAUGCAGUGGGAGGCUGGUAUUUGGAAUCACUGGUGACUCCAGACUCCAACACAGCUCUCUACACAGCUGUAGAACGCUAUGACCCAUGGGACGACACAUGGAGGUUUGUAUCUUCUUUGCCGCUCACUGACUUCCAGUUCACCAUGUCCUUAUCCCAUGACGUGCCCCUUGCUACUAGCCUCGGACACUGUUUCUAUGUGUUGGGGAGCAUCCAGAGGACUGGAGAGAAACUACUGUUGCAGUACAACACGAGGCAAGACUCUUGGUGUGAACUGCUUCCCACACUUACCAGAGCAGAUGCAGACCUUCCUGCUCUUUACUUCGUGGGUGCCACCGACAGGCUGUUUGUGAUUGGUGGGAACAACUCAGAGAAUGUGGUGACAUCAUUCUGCUUGCAGUCCCAGAGAUGGGGACCGGUGCACAGGACUGAGAAAGUGGCAUUUGCAGGACAGGGUACAGUUGUAGGUGACCAGGUCCUGAUGCCAAGUAUAGAGCACAACACUGUUGCAAGGAUGGAUCUCCAAACUCUUUCCCUCAGAGCUCUUCCUCCUCUACCAAUCUCUACCCGAUAUGAAUCUAUCUUUUAUCUCCACUUUUAAUGUUUAAUGUAGUUAGCUUGCUAAACUGUAUACAUACUGUCAUCGUUUUUGUGGCAUAAGAACAUAAAAAGAUAAUCUCUCCCUAGGUGAUCAGAUCAGCAAUGUUGAAUUAUCUCUUUAAAAUCUUUUACUUGAAAGCAUUUUUCUAAGGGCAGACUACAAUUUGUAUAGAGAACUUGACUUUAUUGUAAAUUACAAUUGUUUUUAAUGAUACUUUGGUACCUAGUACAGUUAUUUAAUAAAAUUGACUUUUGUGGUAUGUAAAAUAAAGGUUUAUUUUCUGUAUGCAUAUCAUUUCUGCUGUUCACACUUGUGUGUGAAAUUCAAAAUCUCAAUGUGAUUUUAUUUAGGAUCUACGUAGGAUAUCCUGAUAUCCUCUAAAACUAGAAUAUGAUGUCCCCCUUUUGUUUAUUUUCUUGUUUGUUGUUUACAUUAAAGACAUUUCCUUUCUUACUUGCAUUAUUAUUGGAUUUGAUAGUUGUAAUUAUAUGAUCCCUGUAGGUGCAAAAUUAAAAAAGUAUUUUGUUUAACCAUGUUAUCAAGGCAA